AUGCGCAACUCGAUCGAGGACUCGCUCCGAAAGCUGCGCACAGACUACGUCGACAUCCUGUACAUUCACCGGCGGGACUAUGUGUGCUCGGUCGAGGAAGUCAUGGAUGGCCUGCACGCGCUCGUGCAGCAAGGCAAGGUGCUCUACCCCCGCCUGGGUCCGUUUGUGAGGGCGAACUCGUACGCGCGGUGCAAUGACAAGACGCCAUUUGCGAUUUACCAAGGCAUGUGGAGUAUCAUUGACAGAGAUCUCGAGAGGGAUAUCUUGCCCAUGUGUAUCAGCGAAGGCCUGGCUAUCGCUCCGUGGAAUGUCCUCGGAGGUGGUAAGCUCCGGACGGAUGCCGAAGAGCAGCGCUGCAUCGAGUCUGGCGAGGAGGGUCGCAAGCUAACGGGCGACUGGAAACGCACGCUCGAGCACCGUAGGAAAGCCUCGUACGUCUUCCCGAUCAUCGGUGGCCGCAAGGUCGGGCACCUCCACCAGAACCUGGAGGCGCUUUCUCUGCACCUCAACGACGAGCAUGUCAAGAGGCUGGACGAUAUUGUGCCGUUCAACAAGGGCUGGCCCUAUAAUUGCUACGGCAACGGCACCGAUUAUUUUGCUGUCUGGAAGGUGGCGGGACACUUUGAUAAGUGGCCCAAAGCAGGAGCCAUCAAGCCUCCUGUGUAA